GGAGCCAAGAGGCAGAGGAAAAGAAGGACAAGGGAGGAGACCAACAGAACUCAAAAGAGCAUGAAGCUACCGGCAAUGAGCUGCUUUUCUUAGUUCAGCCUGGAGUGAAACAGCAACAAUAAAAACAAGUGACGACGUUCAGGGAAGCAACAAAUCAAUGCUCAUAUCUUGACUUUAAUGUGCCACUCUACAAUUGGUUCGUUUCCUCAAGGAGAAGUGAAUAAUUAGCAGAUCUUGGGGAUGUUUGAGUAAAGCUCAUCUGAGAACAUCAAGAACCUGGAACUGGCAACCACCUGUGACUGCAGAUCUGAAGUCUUGACUUUAACAUCAGCUCACUGAUGCUUUAGUCUUAGUGAGCAAGAUCCACGAGGAAAACAUUUGGUUCUCUUGGUAAACACCCCGAGUGGACAUCCAGAGUUGGGAGUUGCUACCAAACAUCGUCAGCAGAAUCCCAACAACGGGCAGAGUUUUCCAAAGGAGCGAACAGUAGCUGUCACACCAAAGAUGACCUUUGCCAUGCUACGCACGGUGCCUCCCGCAGGACGCUUCUUGUAUGGCGACAUCGCCCUCCUUUCAGAAGAUGAGGAUGAGAACGGCAGCGAAGGGUCGGGCUCUGAAGAGCACACCACCAACUCUGCAUCCUUCCGUCUGUCCUCGUCAUCCCAGUCUGCCUUCCACAUCAAGAUGAACAGGAAGAGGAAGAUGUGUGGGAGUGGAGGGGUGGACAUAGCCAGCAUGGGGGCAAGGCUGGGCCCCCCGGGGUCGUCGCCCCCUGGAGAAGUUCGGCAGAGGACCGCAGCUAACGCACGGGAGAGAGAUCGCACCAACUCGGUCAACACUGCAUUCACAGCUCUGCGGACGCUCAUCCCCACCGAGCCUGCAGACAGGAAGCUGUCGAAGAUCGAGACGCUACGCUUGGCCAGCAGCUACAUCAGUCAUCUGGGGAAUGUGUUGCUUCUGGGCGAAGGGCUUCACGACGGACAGCCGUGCCACGCUCCCUCGCCGCCGUUCUUCCACGUCAGCUCCUCCCCCAGUCGAGGAUCCGACCAAUCGUCUCAGCCCAAACACAUCUGUACCUUCUGCCUCAGCAACCAGAGGAAAAUGAACAAGGACAGAGACAGGAAGACGAGCAUCCGGAGCUAACAACGAGGACACGAACCACUCUGAGGAAAUGUUCAGCACACUCAUUUCACCAUCACUGCCGCCUAAAGACUUCUGAUACAUUUUGAAGACUUUUCAAGGAUUUCUAUAGCACUCCAGGACUUUUAAAGGAUUGUUUUUUACUUGUUUCAUUGCUUUAUAAGGGACUUAUUUGCAGUAAUGCAACCACCACAGUAUUUUCCUGGGACGUAUGCUCUAAUAAAGACCAUAGAAACAUUUAAAAACACGUAUGACCGACAUUUUCCUGUGUUCAGUGACUCAUUGUUCAGUUUGAAGAAAAUAUGGCACAUGGACAAAAAAAGCAAACCCCACAUCACGGUAACAAUCAAAAGCUGUUAUCAAAGUGUAAACUGACAUAUUAAUGUAUAUUUAUGUAACAUAACAAUAUAUAAUGAAACUGUUAUUUAACGGACAUAUCACAUGUUUGAUGAUGUGCACUGUUGGUCCUCGCCUCCGUUUGUAGCAUCCCAGAGAAUAUGCUGACACUCUGGUGUUACUGGUGUUACUGGUUAUUUCUAAUUGUUUCUGAAUGGAAAAUAACUCAAGACGACCAAUAAAGUGUGUAAAUCU